AUGCCCCGUCGCCGGCUGGCGCCGCCCGUCUCCGCCGGCACCUCCUCGUCGCCUCCCCACACCGCCUCCUCUACCGUCCUCCCUGACCGGCCUCCUGGCGCCUCUGCUUCCUACCAGCGCCGCCACGACCCCAACGCCAGCGCCACCCGGAUUGCCACCUCGCCGGACGCCAUCGCCGGACUGCCUCCCCGUCGUCCUCUCUGUCGCCUACUCGUCCCCAUCCUCCUCCUCGCCGGACCACGUCGUGCCUCGCCGCUCCCUCUCCCCAUCAACGCUGGUGAAGACCCGUUCGUCCUCCCCUUUCCCCUGCCCGUCGUCGCGGUCGCCACGCUCAUCCCGUCCCCACUCGCGCUGAACACCACCCAGGCGACGUCCGCGCCGAGCUCCUCUCGCCCGCGCCUCCGCCGUACUCGCCGUCCGGUGCCCCGCGAGCUCCGGCGAGCUUGCGUCGCCAUCCUCGUGCCCGUGAGCCCCUUGGUCACGCACCCUCCCUGCCCCGACCGCGACCGCGCCGCGCCCCCUGCCGUGAUGCUGCCUACUACCGCGAACCAUGCCACUGGCUGCUCCCGGGCGAGCUCGCCGCUGGCCGCCGGCUCGCUCCACGCGUGUGCGCGCGUGCACCCGUAA